GUCGCAGGUGCGCGCCUUUGACUUCUCUUUUUCCUAAGAAACCCCUACACAGUUAUAGAGUGCACUGCUCGAUGAGAUGUAAUGUGUUUGGAAACCUGUUUCCAGUAAGUGAGUUUUCCUGAGUCUUCUGCUGACCAUCUGAGUAAUACUUUCCAUUAGAACUAAAACCUCUGUCGAUGUGAGUUUCACUUCCUCUGUUCAGCUGCUCUGCAAUGUCCUGUACAGCCUAAAAUAUCUGCUCAUGAAUGCUGAUGUGUAGCCUAAACAACAAAGGAUGUGCUUUAUUUGCACAUAUUUUGCCUUUAAACAACAUUUGGACGCCUUCUCUUUUGAAAAAGACGUGUUAGACGCUGUGAAAAUGGCACAAGUCGCUUGCAAUGGUGUGGUUGAGGUUAGUUUGUGGUUCACCAGCUUGAUGUGGACCAGUUGCAUUAUUCAAAGUGCAAGCUCGUAUGAAUCUUUUACAGACGCACAUUAAGCUGUUUCCACGAACAGAUACAGGAACGCAAAACACCUUUGACAAAGUGAGCCUCUUUCUUAAGUUAACUUCCUUAUUCCUCCUGGGAUUUCGCUUUCGCUCCCUGGUGAGGUGCCAAUGCUUUGCUCACUUACAGUAAACGCUUCAGCUCCACAUUAGCGGUGUCAGAGAUGUUAGUCUGGUGAGUGGGAGGCGCAAACAGACACAGAGACCGCAAAGCCCCUAAAGUUCAAGCGCAUCUCUCAGGAGGCGUCUCGGAGGUCUUCUGUGUGUGUUGCACUUGUUUGUGUCGAAAGGACAGCUGGUGGAUGUACACAAACUGAGCGACUCGGAGUGUGUGUGUGUGUGAGGAAGUAGUUUUCUCGUUUCUUUGCUGUUCCCCUCGGUCAGUCGAUCGUCUAAACAUCCGAACAUGAACAACUUUCGAGAGUCCCGCUGCUCCAUUUCUGCAGUUCUCCUGCUUUUCCUUCUCCAGGGGUCACGAGCUGCAGAUGUUCAUGUGCACAAAGCUGUCGGAGACUCACUGGAUUUAAUCGCUGAUUAUCCAAAAGAAGGUCUUGUGGAAGUGCGGUGGAUAUAUAGUGGGAAGGAUUUUGCUGUGUAUGAAAAAGAUCAGAUCAAACCGCUGAAUCCUCCAUUAUUUCAAAAAAGGUUAAAGUUGUAUAAGGACAAUAUUAGUAUAACAUUAUUAGAUCUGAAACUCCAGGAUUCUGGAAGAUUCACUAUUGUUGCAGAAGGAAAAUCUGUUCAACAUCCAACAAAAGUCUUUGUGCUGCACGUUCAUGAUCUCAUCAGAGAUGUCCAGAUUGAGGUCAGUAAUUCCUGGCGGGAGUCGAAAAACAUGUGUGUGUUUCAUCUUCGGUGUGUGUCGUCCGGCGAUCUGAAUCCCUCCUACAGCUGGAGUGGAGAUCUGGUCCGAUCCGGACAGAACCAGAACAUCAGCCUCCAUCCAGCAGAGAGCGCUACAGUCUCCUGCACCGCCAACAACACCGUCAGCAUCAAGAGCACUAACCAGACGGUAGUGUGCACAGGGAAGGGUACAAGUGUUCCAUCGGGUACAGGGUUUGAUCUGAAGUAUCUGCUGAUCGCAGUGGGCGCCGGUGUCGUCGUUGUCGUCAUACUCGGGGCAAGCCUGGCCGUGUUCUGCAAGCGGAGGAGGCGUACAGGACAAGAUGAGAGUCGAGAUGGGAUUACGGUGUAUGAAGACGUGAACACGGAUGGCGUGGCGAAGAAACGCCCCGAGAGUGUUAAAGGGAUGUCCAUUUAUGAAACUGUGGAUGACCUGAAAGUCACACAAAACAUGCCUCAAACCCUGUAUGACAAAAUCAACUUUCAGCGUCACCCUGCGGCCGGAGCCGGCGCCCAGACUUCCUCGUCUUACCAGGAAGUGCUGUGAGACAGACGGUUCCUGUGUUUCUUCAUCUCUGCACCGGUUCACCUUUGGCCUUGUGUUGAAUAUUUCAUAUUUUGUAUGAAAAGGAAUUGUCUUUGCAAAAGGCAUAGCUCACAAUGCACAUUAUGCACGCUAUCAUUCAAAAGUUUGGGCUCAGUAUCUAUCUAUUUAUUUUUUUUUAUUUUUUUUUUUUA